CUGUUCCUGGAUCUCGGGGUGAGAGUUGACUGGAACAUGUGGUUAGACAUGGCUGCGCCCUGCUGGCGUUGAGGACCGUGACUGUUGAACACGGGAUGGAAUAGUUUAGCGCUUAUUUGAAAGCUCUUUCGUGGGUCAACAUGACAGACGACGGGAUGUUUGUGAAAGACACAAGCCAAGGCCAGACAAUAUCCAGGGCGAUGAUUAUUAAAAUGCUGAAUAAGAAGUUUGAAAAACUCCCCGAUAUCGACAAAAAACUCUUCUCAUACGGACCCAUAUAUUUGGCAGGCAACGCUGGAUUUGCUGGCUUAAUUGCCAACAGCUUUUUCAGACGUGUCCUCAAUGUCACCCAAGGACGAUUUACUUCCAGCCUUCCCAUGGCUGUUCUGCCCUUUCUAACAACUGCAGCACUUUACACUGCGACCGUGACAAACCCUUUGAUGUCAGGUGACCUGAACUGCCCAACCUGUACCCUGAUAAGAGGGGCUGUGGUUGGUGUAGUUGGUGGUGGCAUAUAUCCCAUUCUGUUGGCCUUACCUGUCAAUGCUGGUCUUGCAGCCAGGUAUAACAGUGCACCAAUGCCAGAAAAGGGGAACAUGAUACGUUUCUGGACAAAUGUCAGCAAGCCCAUUGUACAGAAGAUGUAUGUUGUUUUGCUGCUGCAGGGUUUGUUUGGAACCUUCUUGAGCUCUAAACAGUUUGAUAUCUACCUAAAAAUGCUGAAAAUACCCGAUUCUGACGGUGAAGAGCUUCUUGGUUAGCAGUUGUCAUUUAUAUUGAUGAUAUUGUAAAUCUUUGUUAAAAUAAGUGAAACACGCUUGCCCAGUGGCAUAACCAAUCUUGUCCGAUUUGUUCUUGGUUUUGAUGUCUCAAUAUUUUCUAUUCACUAAACCUUUGUACUCUCUGCCCAAAAGUUGAAAAUGGAGAAAUCACCUCAAAUUGAGAUACUUAAAAGAAUAUAAUGUCAA